UCAAUCAUGGCGACCACAGAAAAUACAGCUGAGGAUGCUGCGCCAGUUGCCCCCAAAUUAAAAAGGAUAAGCGAUGCAUAUUACAUGGAAAUCGUGGAAAAGGCAGCUCGUCUCAACACGAAACUCCAGAUAGACAGGAAGUUCCGACUACCUUUUAUUGACUCUCAUACCGGUGUUGCUCAAAAUAACUGUUACCUAUGGAACAACAAGAUAAAUCGUAUGCCAGGAAAAGAACCAACACAGCUGUACACAUAUCCAGCUAAAAGAUGGAAGAAGAGGAAGAGGGCUUUCUUAUCUUACACUCCAGUUAUGAGUAGGGGAAACCCUGAGAUCAAUGAAGCAGACCUUCCUACGAUAAGCAGCCUUGAUGCCUCUCUCAUUGCCGCGAGUGUCCAGGCUGAUGAUGAGAUGAUACAAGAGAAAGCGCAGUGGUAUGAGGACCUUGAGGCGUUUAGUGAACCACCGGAUGUUGGCGAUCUGGACGAGAGGAUGUCGGACAUCAGCGACUAUGAAGCAGAAAUGAAGAAGAAAAAGAAAGGAAGGGGCCGUGGGAGGAAGAAGAAAGAAGACAAGGAACCUGGUGAAAAGGAAGAGAAGCCAUUUGCUUGUGAACUGUGUGGAGCUCGUUACAAGACUCGUCCUGGGUUGACAUACCACUAUACUCAUUUCCACAAUGGCUUGGCCGAACCGGAGGCGGACCCGGUCGCCCCAUCGCCGAAACCUUCCACCUCUUUGCCGGCUGACAAUGGGAAGUCCAAUGGUAAGAGCGGCCCGAACACGUACUGUGACUUCUGUUUGGGCGAUGAGCUAGAAAACAAGAAGACAGCUGAGCCUGAGGAGCUCGUUUCAUGCUCUGAUUGUGGACAUUCAGGUCACCCCUCCUGCCUUCAGUUCACCCAAAACAUGAUCAUAUCAGUAAAGAAGUAUCCCUGGCAGUGCAUUGAAUGCAAGUCUUGUGGAUUGUGUGGAACAUCAGACAAUGACGAUCAGUUACUCUUUUGCGAUGAUUGCGACCGAGGAUAUCAUAUGUAUUGUCUGAAGCCACCACUGUCUGAGCCACCUGAGGGAAGUUGGAGUUGUCAUUUGUGUAUUGAUGAGUUUCAUGGAGGAAAGAAGCCAAGCAGCUCGUAAGCGCUUGCACUCUAUGACAAGUUGGAUAAUUUGGAUUCGCUGGCGGUGCUGUACCCGAGGAGAAAGAGGAAUUCUUGUCGAAGUGGUGGGAGAAAUGAACAAUCCCUCACACUAGCCUGCUCAUACAACUGAGCGAGCUUACUAGUGAAUUGUGUAAAAAAAUUACAAUGACUGCAUGUUGUAUUGAGAACUGAUAGAAAUAGCAAGCUUCGCUUCCUAGCCCCAUAUGUGAGGAUUUCUAAAAUCAGUUAAAAAGAAAUUGGUGACAUUGUAUUUCUUGUGUUGUGAUGCGAGGCCAUUUCACUGUUAAUGUUUCCUCCAUGAUAAACGAUAGAUCCUUUCAGACGUGUCAAGUUGGAAAACUUUUCAUCAACCUCUAAAUGUUUUGGCAAAGCAGCUUACUGGAUGGAGAGUGUGUUUAUUUCUGACUAAUAUCUGUCAAUAAAUAUAUGUGAUAUUGGUGAAAUA